CUCCGCGUCUGUUCUUUCUAAAAUUCUUUCAAAUAUAGAUCUGGUUGUAUAUCUCUCUCGCUGGCUCGCUUGCUUUCUCUCGGACCAGCGGCACUACGAUCUUCAAGGCGUUCAAUUGAUUGAUCACAAGUUUCCCUUACCCAUUCAAGUGUGCUGCCUUUGUGUUGGUGAUUGUUGGAUUUAGAAAGUAUCAAAAUGGUGGUUCUUGCAGCUUCCAUUAUAAGCAAGUCUGGCAAAGCUCUUGUUUCAAGGCAGUUUGUGGACAUGUCUCGAAUAAGGAUUGAAGGAUUACUUGCAGCUUUUCCCAAAUUGGUUGGCAUAGGAAAACAACAUACAUAUGUUGAAACUGAAAAUGUGCGCUAUGUCUACCAGCCAAUUGAAGCUUUGUAUUUGCUACUAGUGACAAACAAACAAAGCAACAUUCUUGAAGAUCUGGAGACACUGAGACUUCUCUCUAAGCUUGUACCUGAAUAUUGCUCCAAUCUAGAUGAAGAGGGCAUUUGCAAGACAGCUUUUGAGCUGAUUUUUGCAUUUGAUGAAGUGAUCUCCCUUGGACACAAAGAAAAUGUGACAGUUGCACAGGUUAAGCAGUACUGUGAGAUGGAAAGUCAUGAAGAGAAACUGCAUAAGCUUGUUUUGCAGAGCAAGAUUAAUGAAACUAAGGAUGUCAUGAAGCGUAAAGCAAGUGAGAUUGAUAAAAGCAAGAUAGAGAAGAACAGAGGAGAGAAAGGAGGGUUUAUGUCUCUGACGAGUUCAGGAAGGAUAGAGAGUAGCUUUAGUGAGAUGAGUAUAUCUAGUGGUGGAGGUGGUUUUGGAAGUAGUUCUGGAUUUGGACUGAGCACUGAAGUGGAAUCCUUUUCUAGUAAAAAUAAAGGUCGUCCAUCUGCAUCUGCUACUGCUCCUCCUAAAGGUCUUGGUAUGAAGCUUGGGAAAACCCAAAGGACUAACCAAUUCUUGGAAUCUCUGAAAGCUGAAGGUGAAGUGAUUGUUGAAGAUGUGCCACCAACUACUACACAGUCCAAAUCUGCUGUGCCUCCACCAACUGAUCCGGUAACAUUGACUGUUGAAGAGAAGAUUAAUGUGACACUCAAGCGAGAUGGUGGGGUUAGUAACUUUGAUGUGCAAGGCACUCUUUCACUUCAAAUUCUUAACCAGGAGGAUGGACUUAUCCAAGUGCAGAUUGAAUCUCGGGCAGAUUCAGGCAUCCUUUUCAAAACCCAUCCUAACAUCAACAAGGAACUGUUUUCAAAUGAAAAUAUUCUAGGUCUUAAGGAUCCUAACAGGCCUUUUCCAACUGGACAAAGUGGAGAUGCAGCAGGUGUUGGUCUUUUGAAGUGGAGAAUUCAAAAUUUGGAUGAGUCUCUUGUGCCACUGACAAUCAACUGCUGGCCCUCUGUUUCUGGGAAUGAAACUUAUGUCAGCAUUGAGUACGAAGCUUCUUCGAUGUUUGACCUGCGGAACGUUGUAAUAUCAGUACCUCUUCCUGCAUUGCGAGAUGCACCAAACGUCAGGCAGAUAGAUGGGGAAUGGAGGUAUGACCCAAGAGCUUCCACCUUGGAGUGGUCCAUACUUCUCAUUGAUAGUUCCAACCGCAGUGGAUCAAUGGAGUUUGUUGUUCCUCCAGCAGAUUCAUCAGUUUUCUUUCCCAUUUCUGUCAGGUUUACUGCGGCUAAGACAUUUAGUGACCUAAAGGUUUUGAAUGUAUUGCCACUGAGAGGUGGGUCACCUCCAAAAUUUUCACAGAGGACACAAUUGAUUACUGAGAACUACAGAGUGGAGUGAUUGUGAUAGCUAUAAUAACAGAUGGAUGAAUGUAUGAGAUUUGCGUAAUGAUGUUCUCAUUGGAACAACAGCACUAGUUCUUGUUUUCUUUACUCUUCUUAUUUUAAUAUAAAUUUUGAGAUUGAACAUCUAGGAUAUUUUUAUUUACAAAGAAAUAAGUUGGUUUUUGUUUCCUCCAAA